CCUCAGGUACUUCGUUCGAUAUGAGUGGUGUACUCGGAAAUCGGGAUCGAUUAUGUCGUGUUAGCGAAGAGGAAUGGAGGGAGGGCGGCGCGCUCACGCGUGACGCUUGGGCAACGGUCGCCGCGACAAAACUGCGCGCGCGCCGACCCGCGCGACACUAGCCCGUGCCAUGCCGCGCGCGACGCCGCUGCUGCUGCUGCUGCUCGUCGCCGUCGCGCGAGCCGCCGACGUGUUCGUCAUCGCCGACACCGCCAACCAGACCCGCGCCAUCGCCAGGAUAGCCAACGAGACCAUCGUCGAGACCGACGACGCCCUCGCCGCCGGCAAUGACACGGCCGGCGACCCCGUCGUGCGCAAGAAGCGAACCUUCGGCGACAUCGUGUUCCGCGGCCUAGCCGACGUGCUGGGCUACAACGUGGCACGCAAGGCGCCGCAGGUGGUGUUCCCUCCGCCGCUGGCGCCCGUGCCCGGCAUCGACGCGCCGCUGCCGCAGAGCCCCGACGCGCCGCUGCAGAUCCCCCUCGCGCUCGCCGCCGACCCCGCGCCCUGCGCCCGCGCCGCCGCGCCGCCGCCCUGCGCGCCCCCGCCGCCUCCGCCCGCGCCCAAACCCAAGCCGGCGCCGCCCCCCUGCCCCAAGCCAAGAGCGAACCCGAAACCCAAACCCAAGCCGCGCCCGAAACCGAAACCGCAGCCUCCCCCGUGCGGCGCCGGGCGCGCCAACCCCACCACCGCGGCGCCCUGCGGCGCGCCCGCGCCCAAGGCGGACUCCAAUCUCGAAACUAUCUCCUCCGACUUCCGUUUGGACUUCAACUUCAAUAGAAAACCGGCGACCACAGCGGCGGCCGCGCCCCCGGAGCAGCCCGCGGAGCAGACGCUGGAGCUGCAGCAGCAAGACGCUCCCGCCGCCGCCGUGGUCGCCAUCCGGCCCCAGGCCGCCAAGCUGCCGCCCGAGCCGCCGCGCAAGCCGCGAGUGUACUUGGACGCCUUCGUCGUACAAAACGGAGUGACUCAAAAGAUUCAAACGAUCGACGCUCGAAAUGCGGACCAGCACCAAGCCGACAACGAUUAUCUGUCGUACGACGAUCCGCCCGAGCCGGCCGAGCCGCCGCCGCCCGCGCCGCAGCAGCCGCAACAGGCGCAGCAGCCGCAGCCCGCUCUGGACGCCGACUACGACUACAUGCUGGAUUCGAGCGAACGCAGCAAGCAAGUGCGGGAAUUCGGCUCCGCGGUCGACAAGUUCUGGGACCAGAAGAAAAAGAAAAUGAAGAAAACACCCGCGUUCGACUAUCGCUCCGUGCACUUUGGCGAUCGUAAUCUCGCUAACCCGGUGCGAGACCAGAGUGACCGAAGCGACGAAAGGUAUCAAUCUAUACAGGCGUCGGACGCGCAGGCGCAACCGCAGCCCGCGCUCGACGACGACGACGAAGAGUUCACGACGACGACGCUGAACCCGCGACGACGACUGAAGCCGCGCGUGUUGCCUCCGACCGAAAAGAAUCCCAACCAGAUAGAUACGGUGACGGUCCAAGUGCCUCCCAUUUACAAGGAGAAGCGACCGAGGAAGUUACACCGGGAACGGCCGGAGUCGGCCGAGCGGCCCGAGCGCGACGAGGACUCGCUCUACAAGCCCUACGAGUACAACUACCGCGGCUCCGACGGGGACGGCUUCUACGGCUACGGCCCCUACCGGAGCCCGGCGGCCGGCGCCUACCGCCGCGGCUCCGACGCCGAGUCGGAGAACAGCGAAGCGAUAUAUCAAACGGAACAGCCGAAGCGGAAGCGCAGGCGAAAGAUCAAGCGGAAGACUCGGUCGAUAUACAAGCACUACACCGCGGGGGACUUCGACUACUACGGCAAGAAGCUGCCCAUCUCGCGGGAGGAGGAGUACUUCCGCGGCCUCACCAUCCCCCCGCCCACCCGCGACCCCGACGUGGUCCGCCUGGAGCGCGCGCCCGACGGCGACGGCCACUUCCUGGACGACCACGAGAGGCUCCGAGACGACCCGGAGAGAAUUAAAACCAAAAAGAAGGGCGGGAAGAAACAGUCUGAGGACAAGGACGGCGCGGACGAGUCGGAGAGAUCCGAGGAGGCGGACGGCGAAUCCGAGCGGCUGGAGGAGAGCGAGGGCUCGGCCGACGCGGAGAUAUCGAGCGAGAAGGAGAGAUCGGGCGAGAAGGAGCGCGCGGACGAGCUGAGCCCCAACGCGCGCGUGCGCGAGACCGGCUACAAGAACAACUACGUGCACGCGCACAACGUGCAGGUGGACGACAACCAGCCGCUCGUCAGGACCGUCAAGCGGAAGAAGCCCAAGAAGCCCUGACGCGCAGCGACGCGCGACACCCGCCAUAAUCAUAGUUAUUUAUUACAAAAAACUUUGGACUCGAAAGCUUUCGAGAUGCCGAGACGCGAUCCGGCAGCCGAGUCCGGCGUCAUCCGAAUCGAAAUCGAAAGCGACCUGUGAUGUUCUAUUUAAGUAUCGUGAACUGUAUAUUCUUUAUUAUUUUUAUACUUAGCGUUAAGAAAAUUGUAUUAAGUUUCCUAAUAAAGCGUUUCGUCAAA